AUGCCGAGCGCGGUGUGCUGUCAGCUUGUGUCUGUCCCGCCGACACAAGCCAACUUCUCGGACCAAGACGAGGAGCUCAAUGAAGAAGAUGAAUGCUGGACAGACCUGCAAUUGGCAGCCAAAGAUGGCGACCUGACCAAGGUCGAAUCACUUCUCGCUGCGGGAGCAGACGUCAACGCCGCGCCGACAGGCUACUAUGGAAAUACAGCCCUGCAAGCAGCCUGUCUCUUUGGACACGACACCAUUGUGAGGAAAUUGGUGGAGGCAGACGCGGACAUCAACGCGCCGGGCGGCAAUAAUGGAGUUCGGUCUGCACUUCAACAAGCUUGCGUCGUGGGAAAUAAAUCGACGGUGGAGUUCCUGAUAGAGAACGGAGCCGAUGUCAACGCACCUGCCGGAAGGUACUACGGACGGACAGCAUUGCAAGCAGCGACAGAGGCAGGUCAUCUCGAAAUCGUGCAAGCGUUACUCGAAAAGGGGGCGGAUAUCAAUGCGCGGCCGGCAGGUACGGCGGGACUUACUGCCUUGGGGGCGGCUGCGGCGUGUUGCCAUACCAAGAUCGUCGAGCUACUGCUUGAGCAAGGGGCGGAUGUCAACGUGCCACCAAGCCGACACAAGGGGCUCACGGCCUUGCAAGCUGCGGCUCUCAAUGGCAGUCUGGAGGUUGUCGACAUGCUGAUUAAAGCCAGCGCGGAUGUCAAUGCCCCCGGAUCGUCAUUCAAGGGCGGGAGGGCAUUGCAUGCCGCAUCUGCGAAGGGACAUGUCAAGGUUGUGGAGAGACUGCUUGAGGUGGGUGCAGAUAUGAAUUCUACGUCGGGCUGGGGAGGGAAGACGGCAAUUCAGACUGCUGCCAUCUAUGGGCAGGAUGAGGUGGUGGAGCUGUUGUGGAAGAGGGGGGCUCAGGGGCCUGCUACGGGAGGGACGAUACUGUUCGAUAUAUGA